GUGAAGCAAGUGUAGCAAGGUGCAGUGCGGAAGUGCAGCGUCGUGUGCGACUCCACAGGAAGCAAGACUGAAGCUGCUGAGGAAGUUCAGAACUGGGUGACCUCCAGAGGAUGCAAAUAGCGCAGGAAUGUGCAACCUGGGAAAUGUUACUGCAAGAUAAUUAACCUGAGCACGAGUAUUUUGGGCCAAGCUUGCCAGGCCUUGUGUUCCGUCCAGGCAUCCCUCCUGCCGGCCAAGAGGUUUCUUGGCAAGGACACAAGGAGCUGAGCCGCUCACCAUGCCGGUGCCUCCCCCUCCGGCUCCCCCACCGCCCCCAACCUUGGCCUUGGCGAAUACUGAAAAGCCGUCCUUAAGCAGGUCAGAGCAAGCAGGGCGAAAUGCACUAUUAUCUGAUAUUACCAAAGGAAAAAAGCUAAAGAAGACUGUUACUAAUGACAGAAGUGCUCCAAUUCUAGACAAACCCAAAGGACCUGCUGGAGGUGGUGGCAGCUUUGGAGGAGGCGGCGGUGGUGGUGGCGGUGGUGGUGGCAACUUUGGUGGAGGUGGACCACCUGGUCUUGGAGGCCUUUUUCAAGCAGGAAUGCCAAAGCUCAGAUCUGCUGCCAGUCGAGAUGCUGAUGCCGGGGGAAGCCGGCCACCGGUGCUCCCGCCCGGAGGCAGGUCAGCAGCUGCCAAGCCUUUCUCUCCCCCGAGCGGGCCGGCCCGGUUCCCGGGACCACCUUCCGCGCAGAGAAGCGCCGCUCCUGAGCCGCAGAGAAACCGCCUGCCGCCCCCCAGACCCGACCUCGGCUCCAAGCCCGACGGCGGGCCUCCUCCGGUGCCGAGCACCCCGCGACCCGUCGCCUCCAGCCUGCACAACCGAGGGUCCCCGCCGGUGCCGGGCGUGAGCCGGCAGCCCAGCAUCGGGCCCACGCCGCCGCCCUUCCCGGGCAGCAGGAGCGCCGCGUUCGGAGGGUCCGUUCGCCAGUCCAGUCCCAGCUCGUCGUCCCCUUUCUCCAGCCGACCCCCGCUGCCGCCCACGCCGGGCCGGCCGGCCGACGACAAGCCGCCGCCGCCGCCGCCGCCCGCCGGGCACCGGCCCCCCGGCGGCGGCCGGGACGCGACGCUGCCGCCGCCGCCGCCGCCGCAGAACAGCAAACCGCCGGUGCCCGCCUCGCCGCGGCCGCCCCUGGGCGCCCCGGCGCCGCCGCCGCCGCCGCCCGGCCGCCCGGGGCCGCCGCCGCCCGUCCCGCCGCCGCCCGGCGGCACCGACGAGACGCCGCGGCUGCCGCAGCGCAACGCGUCGCUCGGCGCCGCGACGGCGGGACGCGCGGGGCCGCUGCCGCCGCCGCCGCCGCCGCCCGCCGAGCGCCCGCCGCCGCCCGUGCGCGACCCGCCGGGCCGAGCAGGCCCCCUGCCGCCGCCACCCCCGCUCGGCAGGAACGGCAGCACGUCGAGAGCCCUGCCGGCCGCGCCGCAGCCGCCCUCCCGGGCGCCGCUGGAGAGCCAGAGAGGGGGGCCGAGGCCGCCGCUGCCCCCGGACCGGCCGGGCGCCGGAGCGCCGCCGCCGCCGCCUGCCCCCGCCGUCAGGAACGGCUUCCAGGAGCCGUGCGACGAUGAAUGGGAAAGCAGAUUUUCUUUCCAUCCUAUAUCUGACUUGCCACCUCCAGAGCCAUAUGUACCUGUGAACAAAAGUUAUCCCAGUAAACUAGCAAGAAACGAAAGCAGAGGUGGCUCUGGCCGAAAAGAAAGAGGUGCUCCCCCUCUUCCACCUAUACCGAGGUGAAAUGGGUUCUGGCCCAUCCCUGGGCAACUUCUGCUUUAAAGUUUCCUUCGAGUCAGUUCUCCUGUCCACAUCAUCGGGAAGUAACCCGUCUUGCUUUGUUUCUACUUUUGGCUUGUCAGCUGGAAUAAACUUCAGUCUCUGUUACAGAAGUAAUAGAUGCAGCUUAUGAACUAUAGUUGCUUAAAGCUAUCACUUUUAUUUGCUUAUUUUACAGGCUGUCAUGAAAAGCAUUUGAUAGCCCAUAUACAACAUACAUACAUCAAGCGUAUGGGGCCCAGCCCUGUCCCCUUGAUUCCGAUGGGAGAUCUGCCUUUGAAUUUAAUGAUGGUUCAAAAAAAAGCUAUCUCAUUAUUUUGGGGUACAGUGGCUGUAUUAUUUGAAUGACAAUGUACAAUUUAUUUUGUGUUUAAAAAACGAUUACCAGAGAAUACCGCAGAGUCAAGAGUCCCACGGAUCCUUUUUUGUGUGCUUCACUUGGCCCCAGCACUUCUGCAAGCGACUGUCCUACUACAUGGUGACCAAGACUUCAACCUUCGUCUUUGGACCUCAGCUUAGCCAAGCAAACCAUAUUUUAAACCGCCGAUGGCUCAUGCUGCCCCGAGGAUAUACUGUGCCUGGCCCUGCUUUUAUCUGUGGAGGAUCUUCCAAAGAAAAGCACAAAUUCAGCAGCAUAAAAAAUCUUCUCUAUCCGUCCCACCUUGUUUUGUAAUAGCCUUAUGCUUUUAGUCACCUAAUUCUUUCCUACUUUGAUGUGGACCAACCUACAGCCAUCCAUGGCCUGGAUUACUGUAAUACUCUCUACGUGAGACUACACGCAAAGUUUCCUCAGAAAGCAGUCUUAGUCCAAAUGCAGCAAUUAUUGUAGUUACAAGCUCUUUCUGUGAAGCAUCACUAACAUCAGUGCUUCAUCAGUUGCAUAAGCUCUCCAGUUGUUUCUUUGGUACAAUUAAAUCAUGUUUUUUUUGUUUUUUUUUUUAACUUAAAAAGCUUCUUGGGGCUUAAGUCACAAGUCUCAGAGAGAUUGUAGCUGACGUAUAGCAGAGCAGCUGAGGUCAAAAAAACCCAUGCAUAAAUGAAAGCCCUUUGAUUUAGUGAAGGAGGUCUGGAGUUAGUGUAUUCUAAUGGAAGCAUCAGCUCCAAAACUUACUGUCUUCACUCAUUCAAGAGAAAUGGAAAGAUCUGGCCUUCUGAGUUUGCCAUGAAGCCUGUCCUUUCAACUCGCGCUGAAAGGAGUCUCAGCAGAGAGCUGCCAGCCUUGCAGUAGCAGAAGAAAAAGUAAAGUAUUCUCACGUCGUGACAGUCAGUUGAUUUGUUUAAAGGCUUUUGAAUUUUGUGUUUGAGGAAAGAGUUAAUUGAAUGAGUGCAUUUUAUAAACAGAUCUAAGUAAAUGUAAAAAGCCUUUGGAAAUCAGAGGAAGAUUAUAAUUCUGAAUUUGAAAUAUUGCUGAUUAAUAGCUCUUUAUUAAUGGGACUUCUGAUGGUUAGCUCUGAAAAAGUUCUCCUGUGCCUCCUCAGCAGUAUCUGUUUCAUCAGCUUACUCCUUGGACUCCCUACAAAGCCUGUAUCAGUGAGCGUGUUUCACAGGGUAUUGCUGGAAAAAAAAAAAAAAAAGUCAUGUAGGUUAGGAAAAUGUUUCCCUUCUGUGGGAGACAUGAUCUUAAGUGCGCUCUGAGGCCAGAAUGAGGUCAGUUCUUGGAAAUCCAGGGACUUUAGCCAAAGAAAGCUUGAACCUCACAGGAGCAUUUGUGUGUAGGGUCUUCUGCAUUGUCAGUGACCAGGGAGGACCAGAGCCCCCUCCUGCCUUACAGCUGGGACUGUCCCAGUGAAGGGCAUCAGACAGAGUUGGAUUAGGCCAGACCAAACUUAAUUUGGCCUUUUCAGUAUUUGUUUACAAAAUCAUGUUAGCUGUGAUAGCAUUUGGUUAUGUACCUGUUUUUACAUUUUUUUUGUCUAAUGACCAACUUUAAGUUACUAUUUGUAGUCUUGAAUCUGCAAUUAAAUCUGCGCAGGCGCAGGGAUGUAUCUAAAUCUAAUUGUAGGAUCAUGGCUGUAAGAGUUUCUUAAACAGAUAGUAGCGGGACCUCCAUGUGACAGGUGCACCUUGGGAUCAAGCCCAGUUCGAUACUGAAUUUGUAAAUGUAUUGUACGGAGGUCACUUAAACACAUGCACUAUGCAAAGUGCCGAUCUCUUUGGCAUACUAUUAUGUGAAUAGAAGUCCAAAUAAGAUUUUUAGCAUAAUAACUUAAAGGAUAAAUUAUUGUAUUCAUGUUGUUAAACUGAAGCACUUAUAACUUUCUGAAGAGUGACAUUUUGAAUUUAAGAAUACAAUAUUUUCAAUACGUUGACCUGCCAAAUCCUUGUUAAUAUUCAAGUAGCUAUGCAGCCAAAAAUCCGAGAAAACUCCAGAAGCUUUACAUUUUUUGUAACUUAUCUAUUUCCAGCAUAAAUAUUUUACUUUGAAUAAGUCAAUGAAAAUGCUGCAUAUUGUUCUGUCAGCUCUCUGCAUGAUUCAAAAAUAUUCUGUUUGAUUUCUUGAGCAAGGUUUUCUGACCAAAAAUUCUGGGCAAUAACCAAAGACUUGGCAAAUCAACUUCCAUCUCACUUAAAAUGUGCUGUCUAAAAGACCUUUAGUCAACAAGCCAAGAAAGCUGAGCUGCUUGUCUUUUAGCAUUUUGUUGUACUAUUGAAAUCUCUUUGAAAUGAAUGUUUAGCAUAUAGAUAAAAUACCUUGCAGAAAGAGGGAUUUUUUUCGUGUAACAACAACUUUACUGUUUGUAUCUUUUGCUGUAAAAUUCCCUAGAUAUAUUCCAGAACAAUGCAGCAUUUUAUCAUUCAGUAUAUUACUUCAUAUAUCCAUAGCUAUUUACAAUAUGAUCAGUAUUAAAGUAUUUAUUUCACUAUGCAAUGUUAAAAAAGAAGAAAACAAAACUUAUUGAACCGGUGGUGCCUUAUGAAUUUUUUAGUCAACUUUUCUGUGUCUCACUAGAAAAAUUAAUAGUCGUUGUUCUUCCGUGCCCUAAUGUAAAAUAGCGCUGACAGUAGCAUUAGACAGCGUUUGAGCCAAGCCCUGCUGCUGUAACACGCUCGGUCAGCUAACUUCAGGCUGAGUUAAGUGCGUGGAGGGACUGUUGAAUCAGUCUUUAGGGGAGACCUAAGUGGAAACUGGUCUCCCAGUGGGUACUUCACCGUAAGUUGUUGGUAUGCCUCUGGAAACCUAACCCUUUCCCAGCAGCAGUGUCUCUCUGCUCUCCGUACAGUCCAGCUGACUUCAGCACGGUUGCACGGGUUAUUAGAGGGCUAAAUUUUGAUUCAUCGCUUGCGUAUAGGAUUUACUGUGUUUGUUUUAAUAGCAUCGAAGUAGCAACAUUCACACCUCAAACUACCUUUUUAUGUCAUCACUAAGGCUUGCAUGGCGUGACAGUGGUGUUCGUUGCUGUGUAAUUCAACUGAGUAAAUAAAACGGGAAUAACUCUUGUACCAUAUACCAAGUACUUCUGCUCCAUACUUUUGGAAGAGAAGCACAUGUUAUGUCUGCACCAGCCCCUAGCAGAAGAGGUCACAGCAAUUAAUGUUCAGAGUUGUUACAGGAAAACCGACCUGUGAUUCAGGAAGCAAGUAUUUCUGUAAAUGAGCUGCUUAAAUACGGUUGCAAGGUUCUUUCUUAGAAGCCAGGAUUUCCCAGCACUAAAAAAUCAUGAGAACUAGGGCGUUUUUUUCCCUGCAAUACUGAACUAUUGAAGAAGUUCCUUAGCCUAUCAUUUAGAAAGCUGGACAGUAGCUUCUACUUGCAGCAACGACUGUUUACAUGUCACUUGUGGAAGUUGUGCUCUGUUAGAGCAGAGGUCCAGGAAAGUAAACUUCUAUUAUGUUUCACAUAUGUGCUCAGCACAACAAUUUUAUGUGCAAAAAUAUGCAAAAAGAAACUGUACUUUUCCCCUUGGAGACAGAGACUGGGGUUAGGUGAUCAAACUGGGAACUGUUUCAAGCAGAAGGUUGAGAGACGUAGGCAGAGGGCCAUAUAACUACGGGACUCCGGAAAGGAGAAGAGUGUUUAUGGAAGUAAAAACCAAUUUGAUGAAAUCUGGUAUCAUUACUAGAGUACAAAUCAAGAUAAAAUGUGCGUGUACGUAGUAUCUUGUUGUAAUACUGUGAACACUGCUGUCUUACAGUCACGUGUGAGCAGAAUGUUAUGGCGGUACAUUGACUCUGUAAAAUAUAUAUUGUAUGAACUUUAAUCUGUCAAACUGUAUUCACCAGAAAAUUAAGGAGACUCUCUUACAUAAAGAUGUUCAGUAACAUGUUCAUGGAAUGUCUCCUCAUGAAUGUCAGGAGAAAACGGUGAUCUUUUUGGUUUUAAGGUGAAACUGUGCCAGUUAGUUAACAUGUAAAUCUGGAGCAUUGAUGAGAAGGGGAUCAUUUGAGGUAUUCAGCAGAAGCAGGACACGUAUAUGUCCUUAGUUGUUGAGUAUGCAGUUAGGUAGACAGAUCAGGAGGGAAAAAAUGGAAAUGGAAUGUCUUAAGAAAGGAAGUAAUACACUUGUUGCCUUUUUGAAAUACAGUUUGUCUGUCAUAAAUGAUCAUAAGGUAAUACAUACAAAAGAAGACACUUUAAAUUUGGACUUCUAAAGCCACACGACUAUGAAAGGGAGAGGAACAGAACUUAAAACACAGGCUGAAUAGAAAGUAACAUGUUUUUAUCAGAUGCUUAAAGUUUGCGCUUUUUACAAAAUAUUAGUCUAGUUCUGUGAAUAUUUUUCUGCUUAACAUUUAUUUUGUAUGUGAUUUUUUUUCUUCUUGUUUUUCUGUCCUAUGCCAAAUAAAUUUUACUUUUAUUUAA